UCCUCCGCGGAGCCUCUCGUCGACCAGCGCGCUCGCGUCCACCGAGUCGACGGCGUCCUCGCGGCCCGGGGGCACAGUCAAGAAGACCGACACACGCGUCGAGGGGUUUGCCUACGCCGCCCGGCUCGAGUCUCAGCGCCGUCGACACUUGAACUAGACGACGGCGGCCGCGGGGAGUGUUUUCGGUCGUCGUUUCUCGGCCGCGAAGGGUCGCCAGAGCGCCAGGAAUGGAUGACAACGCCGCCUUGACGUCGCGCCAGAGGAAUUCUCUCCAGCUCCAGCGAGACUGAGGCUUAGGCUCUCUGGAACGACAAGCGGCGCCGCCAGGAAGCGCAACCCAGUGGCUUGGAGUUGCGCUUCACCAUGUUGUCAGACCGACACUGAACCAUUGUUCUUCUAACUAUGGGCUAUGAUUGUGGUAGAAUAUUGUUAAAUACUACAAGUUCAUAAUGGCCAUUGGUGAAGAUGGGGCUGGCGAUCACAGUAGUGAAAGAUCGAUGGAGACACCCACUGCUCCAGAAAUGGAGGCUGCCACCACAACUUCGCAUGCCUCAAACAGUUCGGGUGGAUUUGCAAGCGGUGUUAUACCUGGAGUUAGAGAAGCAUCAAGGAAACUUCAGCUGAAAAUGACUUUCAAGCCUCUGUCAUCUCCGAAAAGAACUGAUAAAAAUGAGCCCUCUCGAUUUAUGGGAGAAGGGGUGAGCUUCAAGGCCAAGCUCAUCGGCAUCCUGGAGGUGGCCGAGGCCCGCGGCGACCGCAUGUGCCAGGACGCCCUCGCCGACCUCAAGAUGGCCAUCCGGGCGGCCGGCGAGCACAAGCAGCGCAUCACCAUCAACAUCGCCAUCGAUGGGCUGCGACUGCGAGACGAAAAGACUGGGGACUGCCUAUACCACCACUUAGUUCACAAAAUAUCGUUCAUCGCCCAAGACAUGACUGACCCCAGGGCGUUUGGAUACAUUUUCGGUUCACCCGACACCGGCCACAGGUUCUUCGGCAUCAAGACAGACAAGGCCGCGAGCCAGGUGGUCGAGUGCAUCAGAGACCUCUUCCAAGUUGUGUUCGCCCUCAAGAACCGGGAGCAGCACGUAGAGCAGCACCACCUCAAGAUCUGCGGCGGCAGCACGGCCAGCCUCAUGUCCAGCACCACCACCCCCUCCGUCACCUACAUGGAGGCCAUGCAGCACCACUUGAACAAGGAAUCGGUGCGAGAAAACGGCUCACCCGGCGCGGGGGCGGCCUCCUCGUCCAAGGCCGAGUCCGAGGCCACCAUCGCCGACCUACUGGACCUGGAGUACGAGCUCAACAACCUGCAGUCCAACAUGCACCACAUGUCCCACCACGUAGAUCCCCACCACGUGGAUCACCUCAUGGGCUCCAGGCCCUCCGACGAGGAUGAGUUCGGAGCGGACCCCUUCGGCGACUCGUUCGCGGCCACCGUGGCCGCCAGGCAGGCCGCCAAAGCGUCUGCUGCCGCGGCAGCCACGUCGUCGGCGGCCCCCGUGGCCGUGCUGCCGCCGCCGCCCUCCGCCAAGGACUCCGUCAAGGCUGACGGCACGCACCGCCGGGAGCGAGCCUCCAACAGGGCGGCCUCCACCACGUCCGCCGGCGCCAGCAGCACCACGUCCUCGCACUACGCGACCACGCCCAUGCCCGCGCCGCUCGCCCAGGAGGAGAAGCACUGGUUCGACCAGGAGACGGAGGCCCUCUUCGACGACGCAGAACUUACGCAGACCAUGCCCAACACGGGCAGUUCCCGGCUGGACCAGGAUGCUAACCGUGUUUCGCCGCUCGAGCUGCUGUCGCGGCAGGCGGCUUUGACUGACCAAUUCGAUGUGUUCACCGAGCUGGACCCGCUGGGCACGGGCCGCAGCAAACCCUACGUCGACAAGAAGGACUUCUUCUCAGAUUUGAAGAACCCGCCCAAGAAAGUGUUGAAAGACCUGGUGGACCCUCUGUCGGUAGUCAUCGCCAGCACCGGCACCACCGCCUCGGCCAGCAACUGCAGCAACACGACCCCCCUGUUCCAAACGUCGUUCGACAAAGGUAGCAGAGACGUGGCCGGGCCCUCGGCGGGGCCGCAGCCGGACGCUUUGGGUGAUGUGUUGUCUGCUUUGGAAUCUGGAUUCGCUCCCGGAGGCUCCACCUCUUUCCCUGCUUUCCCCGACCCCUUUUCAGACGACCCCUUCGACAAGACGGACCCGUUCGCGGAGGGCAGCUUUAGCCAGACUGUUAGUUUUAGUCCCAAUACUGUGAUGCCAGACCCCUUCGAGACAGGUUUUGCAGAUUUCUCCUCCUUCCCUCCCGGCUCAAGGAACAGCACCUCACCGCUGCAGACCAGCUCGGCCUCGGCGGGCAGCAGCGUGGCACUGCACGGCCACGGCCACGGCCCGCUGAGGGUGUCGCUGCCUCCCGAGGAAGGCGCGGCCUCGGCGGCCUCGACCAGCUGCCUGUCGCCCAGCCCCCCGCUCAGCGGCUCCCUCAGCAAGCCGCGCAACCGCCUGGGGCGCAAGCAGCUGUCGGUGUCGCUGGUCAAGAUCCCCAGCCCCAAGUCCUCGCAACGGCGGUCGCGGCUGUCCAAGCAGGUGACGGUCGACGGCAGCACGACGGCGAGGUUCCCGCCCCUGGGCUCCAGCCCCACGCCCCCGCUGGAUGACUCUAGCUCAACCGGGUCGCAGCAGCGGCGCUCGCCGGGCGGCCUGAGCCGCGGAGUCAUCACGCCUUCGCCGCCCAUCGUGGCCUCGUUCCCGGACCUCGACGGCGACGCCGGCUCCAGGCUGUCAGGGUCGAGCGCCGAGCUGGCAGAGAUCGCCCCCGAGCCGCCACCCCGGCCCGCGCCCAACAACGCCUUCUCCAUCAAGCCACCGCCACUGCCGCCCAAGAAGCACACGGGCGCCAUCUACAAGCCACCGCCCCGGCCGCCGCACCAGGACGACUCGAUCUACGACCACAUCGAGAACUACGAGUCUUCCUCCAGCCCCACGCCACACGACCUGGCCGACGCCCUGGCCGACGCCAAGAGCCCCCCGAUCCCGGUGCCGGCCCGCAAGCCUCGCUACGGCGACGACAACUCGCUGCCGCUGCGGCCCAAGAAGCAGAACGUGCUGGCCGAGACGGAGGACGGCUACCUCGCGCCCAUCCCCUUCCUGCCGCCCCCCGUCAAGCGCCACCAGUCCGGCCACGCGCGCAAGGCAGGCCAGCAGGUAGCGCCGCCGGCACAGGGAGGCCCAGCCGCCCCCGCCAAGAAGUCGCUCGACAUCACCCUCAGCCAGCUCACCAAGACGGGCUUCUCCGACCUGGCCACCACGCUGGGCAUCUCCCCCAGCCAGCUGUCCAAGAUGACGCUGCAGGACCUGACGAAGCGCCUGGCCAGCCUGUCGGACCCCAGCGCGCCGCAGGACGCGUUCACAGCCGGGAACAGGUCCUCGCUCAGCAAGGCGGAGUACACGGCGCUGCGCGAGUCUGUGGACGAGGACUCUGGCUUCGCCGCCGAGUUCGACGACAACUUCUGCAACUUGGCGAGCGCGACCGCGUCGUCGUCCGCGGCGGCCGAGUCCCUCUUCGACAAGUACGCCGUGUUCAGAGAGCUGCUGCUGCAGGACGACAAGGCGCGCGCGGACGAGCCGCAGAACGACCUAUCCGUCACCAAGGUGGACGUCCGCGAGGAGGACGACGACGAGGAAGACGCUCAAGACGCGCCCCUCGCCGGGCUGUCGACCGGGCUGUCGGCCGCGGUGUCCUCGGUGCCGCACUCGUCGCCCAUCACCAUCCACGUGGCGCAGCCCGACUCGGCGUCCGCGUCGCCCUCGCCGGCGCAGGCCAUGUCCGACACGCCGCUCGACAGGUACGCCGCGCUCAGGGAGAUCGCCCUCGGCGACGAGUCCAGCACCAAGGAGGACGACGAAGACGCGCGCGACGAGGACAACCACGCCUACGCCGAGGUGGACAACGAGAGCGACAAGGACGACAGCAUGACAGAGGUGAUCCACGAGGCCAUGGCGGUGCAGGACGAAGACCAGGACCUGCUGACGCUGUCCGCGCAGCACAGCGAGAGCACGGAGUCGCCCACGCUGGACACCAACACGGUGCGCGACGCGCCCUCCAUCAUGGAGACCACCAUCUUGGAGGAGGACGCGCCCUCGGAGGGCGACGGCGAGCAGGUGUCCGGUCAGCCCAGGACGUCGCUGCUAGACGCGAGCAUCGUCUCCCUGGAGCCCGUCCCCGAGAACCUAGAGCUGUCGUCCAAGUCGCUGCUGCCCAGCCUGGUGAACGGCGCCGCGGCCAGCGAGCACACCGUCAAGACCCCCGCCGCGCCGGUCAGCGCCAUGACGGCCAAGACACCCGCGGCCGACCCGGCCCCCUCGUCACGCCCGCACUCGUUGGAGGCGAAGGCCGCCGCCGAGCCCUGGGCCAAGUUCGACUCUAGUCAAUUCGAGAAACCGGUGAGCGACGAGGGGGCGUCGCCGUGGUCCUCCGACGGCAAGGAGUUCAUCAAGGGCUCGGUGUCCGGCUGGAAGGACGACUCGGACCACGAGCGCCGCGACAAGGGCCGCGACAAGGGCAGGCGACGGCGCCCCAACAGAGGCCCGGGGCCGCCGGCUGGGUCCGCCGCCUGGGCCGAGGAUGAAGAGUCCGAGGAGGGCUGGGACGACCGCGUCAGCGACGACCCGUGGGAGAACGGCUUCGACGAGGGCCAAGGUCGGCCCGGGGGCCGCUAUCCGGAGCCACGCCGCAGCAGGCGGCGCAAGGUGUCGCCGUGGCGGCGCGGCGCGGGGUCGUCCUCCGGCAAGCAGUCCAGCAGGGAGGUGUCGCCGUGGGAGAGCGGCGAGAGCACGGGGCCGCCGCCUGGACCGCCGCCUGGCGACGACAUGAAGCGCGGCUGGAAGUCGCGGUCCAAGAACAGGGAGUCCUCGUGGGAGGAGGACCGCGCCCUGCCCCCGCGCGUGCCGGGCAGCACAGGCCCGGGCUCCGGUGGCCCCGGAAGCGGACGCGGCUCGUGGGACGGCGACGGCUCGGAGUACGAGGACGCGCGCAAGCGCCGCCAGUCGCCCUGGGGUGAGGACCGGGACCGCGAGCGCGAGCGCCGGCACGCCUGGGAGGAGGGCGAGUGGUACGGCCAGGCUCGCGAGGCGCGUGAGGGAUGGGACUGGCACUACCGGGACAAGGAACGCGACCACCGCGACGACGAGUACCGGCGCCGCUGGGAGUACGAGCGCGGCCGGGACCGCGACUGGGAGUGGGACCGCUACGGCCGGCCCAGGAAGCCCGGCCCAGGCUCGCACUACCGCGACCAGAGCUGGGACGACGAGCUGAGCGAGCAGGGCGACGACGACAGAGGACCCCGCGGCCCGCACGGCCCACCAGGGCGGAAGUGGCGGCGGUCGCGGCCCGGCAGCGCGGCGAGCCGCGGCCACGAGAGGGUGUCGCCCAGCACGUCCAUCGAGUACAAGGAGGACGACAGCCCCGGGCCGUGCCCGCCCACCUCGGCCACGGCGCCCCGGCGGCGCGGCUACCACGACCGCGACUGGGAGCGCGACAGAGACAGAGAGCGGGAGCGCGACCGAGACCGCAUGGGCGGCAGCAUGGACCGGCGGUCGCGCAGCCGCGAUGACCCCUUCAGUUCCGACCAGGAGCACGAGUACUGGGAGCGCGGGGAGCGAACGCGCAGCCGGACGGAGCGCGGCGACCCCCGCUAUGACCAGCGCUCCCAGACGCUGUACGCGCGUCGCGCCAACCGCGCGCGGUACAAGACCUACGACCAGUCCUUCGCGGCCAAGCAGUCCCCCUUCGAGGACGACUUCUCCUCGCAGCGCUUCGACUUUGUCAUCGAGCCGAAGCAGAGCUCAACCAGCUUCAGUCAAGAGAGCAGCCUGGACGCGAGCGAGCCCAACCGGUCGCCGCUGCCGGCCUCCGUUCACGUCGCGCACCCCGGGCACGCCGCCGCCCCGGGGCUGAGGCCGCAGAGCGGGUCGGCCUCGUCGCGCCUCAGGGACAGCCUGUCCGAGUCCGAGGAGGCCCGCGCCGCGGAGGGCGGCCUGGGCGGCCUGGGGGCGUCGCUGAGCCCGCUGGAGCGUGGCGGCAGCGGCCGCGGCCGAGCGUCUUCCAUUGGCUCUAGCCGCCGGCAGUCGCCCUUCGAGGACGACUUCACCCCGCCCAACAGCGCAGGGGCGCGCCACCUCUCCAGCGCCUCCAGCGACAUCAGCGACCAGCACCGCUUCGACGACGCGCCGCCCGGUCUGGGCAGCCGGCCCGGCAGCGGCCGCACCAGGACGGCGCCGAUCGGCGAGGCUCGCGACCCGCGUGACCCGGACGCCAGGAGCAAUGGCAGGUCCAUGGACGACGUGUUCCUGCCGGCGGACGUCGGCCGCGCCCACUCCAGCCACACCGACGCGCUUCCCGCAGACGCCACGGCAGAACCUGUGAUAUCCCCCAACCGGCCGCCGCCAGCCGUGUCGUCCGAACACCGGCGCUCCGUUCGCAUCAGCGGCGAGGACAAGAACCUGGCCGGCAUGAAGGCGCGCCUCGCCAACCUGCGGCGGACGGACUCGUCGUCCAGCCUGCGCAAGUCCGAGUCCAUCAACAUCUUCGCCAGGAGCUGCGACCCCUUCGACGACGACGACUUCUUCGCCGAGGACGGCUCCGUGGCGACCGCGCCGGGCGGCAGCGGCAGGGCGGAGCACCCGGGCCAACAGGGACACCCACAGGGACACCCACAGGGACACCCGGCGCGGCCCGCUGGGGAUCAGUACAAGUGGACCGAGGCGUUCGACUCGUUCAAUUUCGAGGAGGAACACUGACGAGGACUGUUCUAGCUCCGCGCAAAAGGUUACUCUUUUAUCAAGGUAUGUUAUGGUAGACAUUAAAAUGUUCUUGAGCAAUGGCCAUUCUAUAUUAAAUUUUGCCAAAUUAUGUUGUAUGUUAACUUUUUUUAGAUUAUUCCACUCAGAUGUAAAUUUUAUACCCUUAGAAAGUAGUGAAAUUAUCACAUUUUAUUUUGUACUCUCAAAUUUGUUGAAGUAAAAAUAAUGUCUGUGUUAUAGAAUAUUUUUGUGAGAAGCCAAAGUAGUGCAACUGUAGUUAAUAAUCCUUAUGGGGAAGAAAUCCUGUGAGACUUAAAAAUUUGUUAUUCUGCACCUAUCGAGAUCAAUUUCUGUCAGUUCCUGCAGCCUGUAAAUUUUGCCGUGAAAUUGCCAUAUCACAUGCCACAAUUUUCUUAGAUGGUUGGAUUUACAUUUAUGUGCCAAAUAUUGAAUUUUCCUUCAAGUACUGUAAAUGUCAAUACAAACAUCUCAUGUUGGUGCACUUGCACUUCAGUAAAAUAUAUUGAUAAAAAGUUAAAAGCCUGGUUAACCUCCUGACAGAGGUGCAGUGAAGUAUGUUUCUUCUUGCUGCCAGUUUCAAUUGAAACUUCAAUUUUCGUUUGCUUUACUUUUGUAUAGGAACAAAAAUCCUUUAUAGAUAUUGUCUUUUCAUCCGUAGAUUGAGCCAAACUUUGAAUAUUGAGAAAAACUUAGUAAAAAGGUUUCCAAACCGUCCAAGUCUACGACUUACUUAACACGGUGGCAAUAAAAAUCUCUACUACUGAUCCGCAAAUCCAUUCAGUUAUUUUAACAAAGUGAUACCUGUAGAAAAUGAAUGCAUUGUUGUAUGUCUGUUACUUCAGACAGAACCAUUAAAUUCACAACCACAAAGCUGCUCAAUGUGGUAUCAUGUUAUCAGCAUUUCUGAUCACGAUCCUAAAAUUAUUAAGUUCUCAUGAAAUCGGAAGCUUUUCUCAAAAUUUACAAGUCAUUACAUAUACACAGUUUUUUUGGAAGCUGUCUAUGUCAAUGAAAGUAAUUCCCACACAUGUGUAUAUUAGGGCAUAAAACUUUGCUCCUAGACUUUCCAUAUGAUAUGGGGCUUGCACAAUUUCUUCUAGUGAUAAAUUUUGUAAUAUUGAAGAAGUUUAUUCAUUCCAAUAAUUAUCUCAAAGCUACUGAACCAGAGCUGAGGAAAUCUCUUUUGGGCCCACUGUAGCGGUGUGAUUAACUGUGGAUUGAUUUAAUGUUAUCCUUGCAUUGAACUGAAUUUUUCUUUGAAGCUGGCUUUGUUAAAGUAUAGCUUUUUACUUGAUGUAAAUGGCAGACCCUUCUUUGCAGAUUGUUAUUGAUUGUUUAAGGGAAAGUUAUUUUUAGGAUGUAAAUGAUAGAUGAUACUGAAUAAAGUAAUCACCUGUUUAUCCUAUACGUACUAUAUAUUUUAUGUUGUGUGCAAGAAGUACUUUCACAAAGCCAUGCUUUCAGCACCUGUAUGUCUGAGCAUCAAUGUAAGACAAAACUUCCUCGAGCAAAUUUCAGGGAUAAAUGUACAGAUGGAAUCAAAUAAACUUGUUUGUGUUUGAUAACUU